GUGUCCUCUCUAGUUGAGACCAACCGUGUGCGUACCUCCCUCCCCGUCUCCGGGAGUCCCUCACCCUCUCUCUCUCUCGGCCUCUCUACCCCCACUUCCUUCUCCGUCGCGGUGCCGAAAAUCGGCAUUGCCCUCGUUUCCUCUCCAAUUUCGGUCGCUCUUGAUCUCACUCCAUCUUUUUCGUUUUCUGAAUCCAGUGAUGUUCGGUGCCGCCAUGGCUCCGUCACCUGAAAAUAACAAAAUCGAUGAGCAGAAGAAGGAUUAUUUUUCUAUGGAUUUGUCUCGUCUUCUGACUUCUGCAGGCAUAAACAUAGGUAUCUGUGCACUGUUCUUAUCGCUGUAUUCGGUCUUCAGGAAACAGCCAGGGAACGUUUAUGUGUACUUCGGGCGGAGGCUUUCCCAAGAGGAUGGUGAACGCCGGAACAUAAACGCUUUGGAAAGACUUGUGCCCUCUGCUAGCUGGAUAGUAAAGGCUUGGCAGAUUACAGAAGAUGAACUGCUGUCAUUUGCUGGAGUGGAUGCAGUGGUAUUCCUCAGAGUACUGGUUUUCAGCAUCCGUAUCUUCUCCAUAGCUAUGGUGGUGUGCAUAUUUGGAGUGCUUCCUGUCAAUUAUUUUGGCGAAGUAAAGAAACAUAUGGCCAUUCCUCCAGAGGCAUUAUUUGUAUUUACCAUCGCAAAUGUCAAAGACAAGUCUCAGUGGCUUUGGGUUCACUGUGUUGCAUUAUAUAUUAUAACCCUUUCAGCUUGUAUUCUUCUUUAUUUUGAAUACAAGAGCAUUUCUGGAAUGAGGCUUGCACAUAUUACUCAAUCUCCCCCCAAUCCUAGUCAUUUUUCUGUUCUUGUCCGUUCUAUCCCAAGGUCUUCCGAUGAAUCUUUGGAUGAUGCCAUCAAAAACUUCUUCACAAAUUAUCAUGGAUUAAGCUACUUAUCACAUCGAACAAUUCAUCGAACUGGGAAAGUUCAUAAAUUUAUGUCUACUGCAGAGAAGGUUUACAAGAAGUUUGUACGUUUAAAGGUUGCUCAGUUUGACCACAAAUGCAGACCUAAUAUAUACAGAUGCGGCCUUUGUGGAGGAACGUCUAAUUCUUUCCAGCUGUACCACAAUGAUUUUGAGCUUGAUGCGAAAAAAAAAGGCCAUGAUCAUUCAGAAACAACUGAUGAGAAAAAGGAAUGCUCAGCUGCUUUUGUUUUUUUCAAGACCCGGUAUGCUGCAGUUGUUGCGUCACAGGUUCUUCAGUCAUCAAACCCCAUGCUAUGGGUCACAGACCAGGCUCCAGAACCACAUGAUGUUUAUUGGCCAAACCUUUGGAUACCAUACAGACAGCUUUGGAUUCGUCGGAUAACAAUUCUUGUAGCUAGCAUUUUCCUUAUGAUUAUGUUAGUUCCUCCAAUCACAUUUUUACAAGGUUUAACCCAACUGGAAGAAUUGAAAGAAAAGCUACCCUUUGUGAAAAUUAUAAUUAAGAGGAAUAUCUUGAUGCGGCUAGUGUCGGGCUACCUUCCUAGUGUCCUUUUACAGUUACUCAUCUAUACUGUUCCUCCAGUAAUGAUGCUAUUUUCUGCUGUUGAAGGACCUAUUUCCCGCAGUGGCAGAAAGAAGAGUGCUUGUUGCAAAGUAUUAUAUUUUACCAUCUGGACUGUCUUUUUUGUUAAUGUUAUAUCUGGUACAGUCCUUAACAAGCUGGAUGCCAUUUCUACACCAAAAGAUAUUCCUUCCUUGCUUGCCAAAGCUGUUCCCGAGCAGUCAACAUUUUUCAUGACUCAUGUUCUGACAUCAGGCUGGGCAAGUUUAUCUUCUGAAAUAAUGCAAACUUUUGCCCUAAUAUACAAUUUCGUGGGAAAACGUAUGUUCGGACUUCAGGAUGAUCCAGACUCUGUUCCAUCCUUUCCAUAUCACACUGAAGUUCCAAGACUUCUCGCAUUCGGCCUACUUGGUUUCACUUGUUCUAUUUUGGCACCUCUAAUACUGCCCUUCUUGCUGGUGUACUUCUUCCUUGGUUAUGUGGUGUAUCGCAACCAGAUUAUGAAUGUAUAUUGUUCAAAAUAUGAAUCUGGAGGGCAAAUGUGGCCCAUUGUGCACAACACAGCAAUCUUCUCUCUAGUACUGACACAGAUAAUAGCUCUUGGAGUUUUUGGGAUGAAGAGAUAUCCAGUUGCUUCAGGUUUCACCAUUCCUCUUGUGAUUGCCACGAUCCUUUUCAACGAAUACUGCAGGCAGCGGUUUUACCCCAUGUUCAAUAAUAUAUCUGCACAGGAUCUUAUCCAGAUGGACCGAGAUGACGAGCAAUCUGACAGAAUGGAAGAAAUUCAUCAACUGCUGCUCACAGCUUAUUGCCAGUCUGCACCACCCGCUUCCUCUCAGGAUACAUGUGAUGAUGAUGGAUCAAGCAUUAACGAAGCCAACAGAACAGAUUUCUCGCAAGAAAUCAUAGACAGUAUCACUCCACACCAGACUUGGGACUGUCGUACCUAAUAUUUUUGCUGAGUGAUUAUUCAUCCAUGUAAGUUGCCAAUUUGACUCUUCUUUCUGUUGCCAUCAACCACAGAUAGGAUAGGCAUUUAUGAAACAGCAGCAUUGUUUUGUAAAUAUUAUUUAUUAUUGGCAUCUUCUCUUUAUACCACUGUUACCAAUGAACGUUAGAUGAAUCAAACAGUUUAAGGAUUCACGAAUCUUAGUUCACUGCUGAAAAACAGAGUUGAUUUGACCUGA